CCCACACUUUGAAAUGUUGAAGAAGUAAAUCUUCCGCCUUGAAGAGGUUUUCUAAAGCUCUCUAACCACCAAAGAGCCGGUGAGCUGGCGGUGGCUUGAGCCGGGUAAACGUGUAACCUGAGUUUUUAUGUUGCAUGUUAAAGUAAGACAUUAGCUCCUGCUGCUUGUGGAUGGCUGUAGCUAGCUGUCAGUAGCUAACAGUGAUGUCCUCGUCAUGGACAGAGAGCCAGGGACAGGUGGGAGACCUGAGAAACCAGAGCAAAGAAGAGCUCCAAGAACUGCUGCUCCGACAGGAAAAGAUACUCUCAAACAAGAGGUUAUUGCAGUCUCUUCCUGACAAAGGGAAAAAGAUAUCAGAGUUUGCAGAGAAAGUGCGUCUUGCCAUUGAGCAACAUGAUGAAGAGAAGAGGAGACGGAGUUUGGUGUCUGCUGCCAGGGCAGAGUUACAGUCCAAGUACCAGCAGGCUUUCACUAUGCAAAAACAUGCUAUCCCCAACACACCAGCAGCCUCACGCCAAAACAGGCAAAGUGCGGCUGCUGCAGGUGAUGUGGUACAAGAGAGGGGAACGUCACCUGUCUCAGCUCAUGUGCAGGAAAACACUACUUUGGACGAGCAACAGGACCAGUUUGUCUUCAGAGCGGCUGCUGGUGAAACCAUGGAGACGGCUGCUGCUGGGGCCUCUCUGAACUCUGAUGAGACAAAAGAGGGUGACCUUGUGGAGGCCUUGGAGAGGGUCAGACUGUCUGAAACUAGUACUGGUUUCAGUAGCGAGUCCAAAGACCUAUUAAACAGCAUGGCAAGAGACAAUUACUUUCUCAGAGAGCAGACACCAAAAAAGCCUCACUAUGUAACUGUCCUGGAAAAAACAGAGAAGACUUCAGCUCCCAGGAGGCAGAAAUUCAAACCAAAUCAGCUGUCCCACAGAACUGACAUUUCUCCAUCAGGAUCCUCGUCACCCAGCCAGUCUUCUGACGGCUCAUCGCCGCUCUCUGCACAGGCCAGGAAGGAGCGGGACAGAAAACACCUGGACGACAUCACCGCAGCCAAACUCCCUCCUCUCCAACACAACCCCGCCCAGCUUCUGUCUCUGGACGAGUCGGCUGUCCUCAUGAAGGAACAAACCAAGAAGCAGCAGGAGUUGCAGGCCAAGCUGGCAGCCCAGAAACUGUCUGAGGGAUUGAAGAUCUCUAUGGGGAGCUACACUCCUGACGGUGGCCCCAUGGCUGCCUACAGAGAGGUUCACGAUGAAGGAGCCCAGCUCUCCUCAGAGGAAGACUGAUCCUGGAAGGCCAGAGCUGGGGAAACCAGUGUGACCUUGGCCCUGAGGGAAACGGGCUUUGGACCUCGCAAUCUGGACCCAUCAAACAGGUUUUCACUCCAAGGACAGGAAUUCUUAACAGAGGAAAAGGGCCUUUGCUUGGUGUGAAGGCAUAGUUGGUAUCCCAGACUCAGGAUGUUGAAUGGCAGGUUGAGACACUAGCUUGCUUAAUUGUCAUUCAGUUCAUAUUGGGAUCAGCUGUUUCAGUGUCCGGCAGCAAUAAUAAUAUCUGUGGUCUUGAAUGCUAAAUUUGAAACAUGUGUUAGGAGGGAAACACUUCUUCUCAGUUUACUGAAACUGGUGAUGUUGUUACUUUCUGAGCCUGAGAGUAUUGUACAUUCAAAUUUCUAUUUUAGUGUGUUAAUAUUUACAUGCACUCAAAGCUCAUCGACAGGUGGAGCAGACUGUUUUGACACAAUGGAGACUGCUUACGGCUUUGUCUCGAAAGUAGACGUGAGCCUGCAGAUAGUUGUGUCGGAUUUUAAUUAUUACAGAAUGUGUAACAGAACUGAAUAAACACAUCUGAU